UGUGUGUUUGUGUGUGUGUGUGUGUGUGUGUGUGUGUGUGUGUGUGUGUGUGUAUGUAUGUGUGUGUAUAUAGGUAAUAAGCUGCUCCGCCACUGCGCAACGAUGGAGCUAUCGCAACGAUGGAGAUGACGCAAACCGACCCAGCUCUCCGAAAAAGUGUUUCAAGACGAACAUGGCGGCAACUUAACCGCGGUCCAAGAUGACAAUGGCCAACGGGAGAAAGGAUUCUAGGCUUUCCGCCCAGGUACCGGACAGUGUGCAUGCAUCAAAAGGGCUCGUUGCUCUCCUUUAAGUGAAUCUGCAAAACGAAAGGCGGCAGACUCGCAGCAUCAGUACCGAGAGGCUCGCAACUGCUGGUCUCCCUGCGCCCCAGACGAGAGAACAAAUCCGGGGAGGGACGGUAGAGAGAGGGGGGCAUGCGGUCAAAGAGGACGCCGUUUCCCCCCGGAGAGCCAUGGAGAACCGGGAUGCGGCAGCGCGAAGCUUAAUCUGUGCGGGCGCGCUAAUUGGAUCGGAGUAGCACCGAUUGCUGCGGGCGCGAUAGAGGAGCGCCCUGGACCGGCGGAGGCACGGCACCGUUACAGAGGAGAACCAACCGGAGUCCGUUUCCCCAAGUCAAUGAGUAUUGUGGCAGAGCAGCCCCCGCGGUGGAGUCGGCCAGGGCAGCACUUUCCUAAAAUAUGACCAGGGGUGCUUGGAUGCGUCGGCAGCAUGAUGAGGGCUUAAAAUACUGGUUUGCAUCCCGAGAGAACGAGAAGCCAUUUACCGAGUCGGAACGGGCCCAGAGAUGGCGACUGUCGCUGGCCUCUCUGCUGUUCAUCACCGUCCUGCUCUCUGAUCACUUGUGGUUCUGCGCCGAGGCAAAACUGACGCGAACCCGAGACAAGCGGUCGGACGAGGGGCUUGCAAUUACGGACAUGGGCGAGUACCCAAACUCCCUCCACCAACAUCCAACAUCACCUGACCCCAACCAUCUCGCCAGAGAGCAAGAUGUUAUUUUUCUAGGGAAUUCUACCAAACCUCUGUGGCGAAUGGACACCUGUCAUCCAGACAGCCUGUCCAAAGACUGCUUUACUUUCACGGACGCGAAGACCGUGUGCCUGGGCCUCUCCGGUAGAGGGGAAAAGGGGACACAGUUGGCGUACGUGAAUCUGAGCGAUUUGUACCUUUCUUUUUGUAAUUCAUACUCACUUUUGGAUUUGUUUUACGGGUUUACGAGUCCGGACGAUUUGAAUUGCACCCUGGAUAUGGCCAUGGGGGUAGAUCUGCUGGGAUGCAGCAAGUGUGUCCGGGCUUAUCAGCUUCUUGACAAGCGGGCGGAGGACAACUACCGGGAGUUUGAAUUACUGGUUCAGAAAUACGAGACGGAUGCAUACUCGGUCAGGACGUGCAUGGAGGAAUGCAAGAUGGUUUAUAAGCCCUGGCUGUGUUCUCAGUACUUCCAGACCACCCAGAUGCACUGCAGUAAGCGAAUCCCCUGUGGUCAGUACUGUCUGGAGGUGCAGCAGCGGUGCCCCUUUGUCCUGCCCGACAAUGAUGAUCUCAUUCAUGGAGGCAGCCCCAGUUUUAUAUGCACAGGGCUGCUGGAGGACUAUCCAUCAGGUGUUGACCCAGAUGCAGAGUGCUGUGACGUGCGGUGGGACUUGAAAGUGGACAACCGUUCCCGGGGGACCCUGAAAAGAACUCACCCACCAUGCCAGCACCGUACCUCCCUCAGCUCCUCUGCAGCCUGCAGACUGUGUAACAGCCGGCUCAAACUCUGCCUCCUGGUCCUUGUCCUCCUACAUACUGUUGCCAGCCUCACUGCAUCCCACAAUGCAACAGGACUGGGCCUCCCCGCCAUUACGCCUCUGGAGGAAAGCCCUGCCAAUGAGGAGUGAUAGUGCUUGGAGGAUGUGAGGUUGUUGGGGUGGGGGACUCCCUCACCAUGGCAACCAAUGUGGAAAAAUACAGCCACAGUUGUGCGAACGGCUGGAGCUGUGUGCCUGUGGACAUUCUGCAACGCUUUCUGGCAAAUGGAAAAUGUAGGACGCUUUAAGACGAAAGACACACAACUCAAUCAAAACAAAUAAAUAAGUAAACAAACAGACAUACUAAGGGACUCAACCAGUCCCUUAGAUAGGAAGGGGACAAUGCCUCAGCCUUUGUUGAGUGGGAAGGUUGGCUUCCCAUGGCUGAGUUUCUCUCACUACGCUUUUUUACACUGUGUUCCAAUUAUUGGUUUCUGUUGCACUGGCUGACUAUGGAAUAACACAAUCAUAUUCUCUUUCUAAUGUUCAUCAUUUGUGUUUGUUUCUGGUUCUCUCAUACAGGAAGAAAUGUGUUCUCUAAAUAAGACAGACAAUGUGUAAAAAAAAUUAUUAACUGCAAGUUUGUGUGUGUGUGCGAUGGUUUGUGUUUCUAGAUUUACUGUGUGUGUGGGUUUGCGUGGGCGUGUGUGUGCAUGCAUGUCUUUACACGUGUGUGAGUGUAUGAGAGGGCGAGUGUGUGUUGCUGACAUGUACCCUAAAAGUCUAGCUAACAGGCUGUUGCAGCGAUGAUGUUUUUAUGGAGCCCCCCCAAGAUGUCACUUACUAUAGCUCUGUCAUGCUGGUUUGUUGGCCACAAUCCCAUUCAAACUUGACUGGAUUUUGAAUGUGGUUUUGAUGUCCAUAACAAUGACUGUGUUUAACAGAGGUUUAAGGUUUUCCUACAUUUUGUUUUGUGAGAUAAUAUUUACCUAUUAACACAGAUCUACACAUUUCUGUAAAUCAGUUAACAGCUAACACCUGCUAAACUUUGAAACACAUCAGGAACAAACAGCAUGCAUUCUUCCAAUAUCGCCAACAUUGAUAUCUCAAUUUUAUUAUAACUUGGGACCUCUUUUAAUAGUUUUGACUAUGAUUCAUAUCACUGAAGUCUGACAGGGGAAAUACUUAUAUGGCAGAUAAAAUGACGGCUGAGUGUGUGCACACAGUUUUCCUGUGUAAUGAAGGAUUAUUAUAAUCAUUUUGGGUGCACUCACUUUUAGUUUUACGCCAAAUACAAAAAAAUUAUAGCUUGUCUAUAAUAUAUGUUUAAUAUAUGUCACCUGACCGCUUGAGUUUCUUGCCCCAUUGGAGUUCAUUGUAGUGAUGUUGGUGUGUUGCCUGAUCUCAGCAGUUACUUGGUUAAGUAAAAUGUUAUCAUAAUCAAUAAAACUGAGGACAAAACCUAUAAAAGUAAGAUCCAAGCUGUAUCAAACCAGAAUGAUAUUCAAGCUUCAGGUUAACACUACCAUAGUGCUGAGCCACUUGAACAAAAUUUUAAUCAAAAUAAUUUUACAUAAUAACAAAUUGACAGAAAUGUAGAUAGCUUUUAAUUAACAUACUGACAAAAUUAGGAGGGAAUCUUAUCAUUGGGGUUGGUAAUCUUUGGUUCAUUACCAUUUAAUAAUUCUAGUUGAUGAAAUGUUAUACCUAAAUAACUGUUAGCUAUUAAAGUCCAGACAAUAACAUGAACAUUUUGCUAUAGAUCUUUAUUGUUCCCUUUUUAAAGAGUUUAAAGAGUUGUUCAAUUACUACACAGCAAACAAAAAAAACACAGAUAGGAUUUUAUCUCAUAAAACAAAACAUAAAACUGUCAAGCCUGUCUUAACCAAAGAUGUUAUUUCAGGCAUUUUACAAAAACCUUAUUCAGAUUGUGGUCACUUAUCAGCAACAUUGCUCAGCAAAGUUAACCAACAUCAAGAUUAUAGCACCGGAUCAAUAUGUAAUAUUCGCUGUUGUUCCAGACAAAGAAGCUUUUGUUAUUUUAGUUUUUAAAUUUUAAAGGUACUAUCCAGUCAAAAUAACAACUAAAAACGAAAUGAAACGAAAACUGAAGGUUCCUUGUUCUCUUCUGCCUCAAGAUCUUUUCCUUCUCCCUGCUGGUGACCAGCAGUUCAAGUACUAAUCAUUUUAUUAUAUCAUCACUCAAACAAAAACUCAAUUUACGAAACAAAACUGACAUCUACGUGUAUCAGUGGUGUCAUUUUAACCUCAGGCCUUUUUAUUUAUAGGAAACAUGAUGACUGGAUGUUACCUUUAAGGACUUUUUUUUUAUAAUCAGUCAACUGUAAGUCUCAUGCAGUUAUUAUGAAGAUAAAAUGUCAAAGUCUCACAAGAAAAUGUAAUAUGCUACUUGCAGUAGCAUAAAGGAAAAUCCCCAGUCUACUAAUACAGUAGAUAUAUUAUACUACCCCAUUCCCUGGCCAUACAGUACGUAUAGAAUGGCACUCUACAUAUCAUCAACAGACACAAUUCCUUCAAAAUUGUCAGUUUGUUUCUGUUGAAUCCAAAUGUGUAAUUGAUUUUCAUGAACUGCAUGUGGAGGCUCUUUGCAAUGUUAUGUCUCUUUUGUUGAUUGUCCUCAGCCCCACUCCGCACUCCACAUCUGAUCCCAAAUCAGCUCCUGUAGCAUGCCCACUGUCUUCUACUUUUCUCCUCAAAACAUCAAACUAAUGUCUCAUUAAGUAAAGGGCUUAUUAAGAUACACAGUACAAACAUCAUCAUCAACACAGUCAGACACACUUAACCACAUGCACAUGCAAAUUGUUAGAAGACAAGGGGUAAAACUUGGCUCACUUCCUGUUUCUUUUUAAACUAGUAUACCUGCAGUACAGAGGCUUUCCACUGGCUGUUGCCGGAGAGCAGGAACAGAAACAAAUCCAGAGAGAGGAGCAUGUCACUGUUUGAGUUAGCACUAAUGGCAUAACCUGAUAAUCGUCCAAGUCAGCUGACACUUGGAAUGUCACAGGAAUGGUAUGACCUCAAGGGCUGACUUCUUCUUUAGUUUCUCGAUUUUGUUUUGUCUCUUCGAUGAACAAGGCUGUGAGAUCAGGUAUUUAAAGAUAAAAAAAAAUAUGUUGUUGAAUGCAUUCUUUUCCACUCUCUGAUUUCUUAAAUGAGAUGUCCAAUCUGAUGUCAAGAAUUUUAUUAUACAGCUUAUAUGAGGAUUUAAAAUACAUCAUUAUUCAUAUAUAACCAGUAUAUUGGCUUAUUUUGACAUAAAUUCAGUUUAGACCCUGCUCCCCCCCCUAGACAUUACCAUUACUGCUUGCAUGAAAUACAUAAAAAAAACUCAUUGUCAUUCAGAACAGCACACCCAUGCCCAUCUUGGAUGGCCGCAGUCAGUGACAGAAAAAUGCUGCUAUUCUAUCGGUUACCAGUAGAUGGAGAUAUUUUUAUUCUUUUAUAUUGCUGCUGCUAAAGACCUAUCACACAAAGACUGUCAUCACACAAGGACUGUCAUACACAGGAAUCAGGAAGGCCGAGCUCUGGAGGAAAAAGUGAUGUGUGUGUGUGUGUGUGUGUGUGUGUGUGUGUGUGUGUGUGUGUGUGUGUGUGUGUGUGUGUGUGUGUGUGUGUGUGUGUGUGUGUGUGUGUGUGUGUGUGUGUGCGCAUAUACAGAAAGGGCCUGCAGGACAGGUGUGGCAAACCAGCAUUGUCUUUAGACCCACAGGGACCUGCUACAUUAGUUGUCUCAUUCACUGCAGCCCUAAAGCUGCAUGGACUGUAGUAUGAAACCAUUGUACUGUACAAUAUGUAAUAACUGCGUCAAUGCCCCAAAGACCCAAAACAGACUAGGGUAGGGGUAGAUCUAUUUUUUCCCCUCCACUUGCCUAAUAGAAGAACACCCAACCUUGGUCUGAACUGAGAAAUGAGUGCAGAGAAGGGCAGGGGAAUGAAGUGGACAAUGACCUUAAACUGGUGCCAAAGCAUACCUUAUAUUCAGUAAAAUAUAAAGCCAAUUCCAAUCUGACAUCACACGCUGCUUUUCAUGAUCAAACAUAAUGGACAACAGGAGGAAAACAGGGUGUGUCAGAGAAAUGUGCCAUGUUAGCAAUCGACAGAUUGCAUCUCAUAAGCUUCACACAACCCAAACAGAUGUACAGUAAGGGAUCUCUUCAAGACAUACAUGUGAUUUCAUUCUGCCUACCAUGUCAGCAGUUCAUGCUGUGAUGUAACAGCCAUCACAAACCAACUGAUGGACAUGUAUUCAUACAAUAAACCAUGUCUGCUUUACAUGCAGAAAUGCAUCCUCACGCUGGUUGCAUGGCUGGGAAUGCUGUGCAUAUGUGUUGGCUUUCAUGCCACUUCAGAUAUCUUAGCACCGAGGAUGAACCUUGUGUGCAAGGUUUCUUCCACACAUUAAUAGAAUUAGAUUUGACUGAUGUAAAUCUCUGAUUUGACUUCAGUUGGUAAUGCAGGCAUGCACGCAACAGUUACAUCAUUUUAUCUGUUGUCCGUUUUGGUUUGUCACUUUUUACUGCAUUAUACUGAGAAGAAAUUGUCUAGCGUCCUAUAGAUUCAGACUAGAUCCCUGACAAUGGUCUGUAGCAGUCGUAGGGUAUGGUCUGUCAUUUUCCAUAACACCAACCUACAAAAAUAAAUUUUGUGUUUUUCCCCUGCACAUAUAGACUAUGUAUGCCUAACCCCCAUGUGCACUCACCACCAAAUGGUAUGUACACAAAUAUUGCCCUCUUUCACUCUCUCUCAGCCUCUCUCUGUUUUCCCAAUAGUUCCGUUCUCUAUCCUGUGGAUCUAUGCAGAAGCCCAUUCCUUUUUUGGUUGUAAAUAUGUUCCCUAGUAUGCUGAACAAUGUAUGUCUUUGCGUCCAGGUUUUCUUGUGUAUUUUAAGUUGAUGUCAUGCUGUUACUUUCUUCUUCUUCUAAUUCUUUUUUUUAUUUUGAGCGUCUGAAAUCAUUGAUGUUAAAAGAGAAUGUGGUGAGGUUUAACCUAUAGACUCGUCCUCAGCUUCGCAACCUUAUUGUGAAAGGUUGUGGUUCUGUGUGUGUGAAAGCGAAAGAUUUAUGAUUAUAGAAAUGAAAAAGGUUCAAAGUCAUAUAGAAGUAUCAUUGCGAUUAUGAUUAUUAUGAUUACUAUUAUACUACCAGUAUAUUGUAAUAUUAUAGAUGCUUUAGUUCAAGUAACUUCUUUAAUUUUUUUACAAACAACUUUGAUGAAAUGAUUUAUAAAAACAGUCUCACAAGUCAUGAUCUUUUCAAAAAGUAUGAAAACUACUGCUACAAUGAUUAAAAUUGUGUUCUGAUGAAAAAUAAAUACAGACAUAUAAUCUGUU